GCUCUCACACUCGAAGUCGAAGCGACACAGCUGCAUCAAGUUUGUUUUUUCUUCUGUGGUUUGUCUUCGCUUCUUUCCAAACAUAGAGUCGACGUUAAUAGCGGCAGAGUUUUCUUUGUUGUGUUGCGCCGCAAGGCUCUCUUUCGAGACUCAUCGUGUAGACGAUAUCGGACAGGAGGAAAGCGACACCAUUAGAGCACAAUGGAAUCCGUAGAGGCCAUUGAAGUAUUUUCGGACAGCAGCGCCCGCUACCGCUACCGGGUGCCGGUCAGCGUCAUUCGCGAGCUGCAGUACGAAGGCUCCCGCUACAGCGCCGAGUUCGACGUGGGCGGAUGGCUGUGGCGCUUCCACAUUCAGGAGCGCGCCGCGGACGGCCAGCGCUUUCUCGCCCUCCACCUCCAGAGCUGCACACCGGGUGCCGUCGCAGUGCAUUUUAAGCUCACCGCCGUGUGCAUUCGCGACCCCCUGCAGUCGCGCAGCAAGACUUUCAACUGCACCUUCAAGAAGGCUGGCAGCGCGUGGGGUCUCCACCAGUUUAUCCCAAUGGAGCAGCUGCUGCAGGCGGAGGGCGGGUUCGUCUACACGGUGCAGGAGACCGGCACUCGGUGCGUGGACUUUGAGGUGACGCUGCAGGUCAGCAACGGCCGCGAGAACGAGCGCACGCCGCCGGUGCGGAGCGCAACGCGAUCCAUGACCCCGACCCGAGGCAUGAAUGGCGGUGGAAAGGCCACACCGAGCCGCGGUCCCAGUGUGCGGCCGAAUGCGAUGAUGGGCGGUGGGAAUAAUGCAGGCAUGAACCGCAACGGUGGCGGGGGAGGUGGCGUGGACCGCACGGCCUACUCACCCGGCCGCGUCAGCCCGGGCGCCCUCGUGCCCAUGGACACGAGCAUGGAGCAGCCACCACCACAGCGCCGUGGCGGGAGUGUGGCGGUGGGACCGCGACGGAGCUUCUUUAACGACCCCAGCAACAUCAACCACGGCCAGCUGGUGGCGGUGGACAAUGCAUCGAACGUGAGCGGCUCACCCGGCAGACAGGGCAGCGCGGCACCUAUGAACAACAUGAAUAGCAACUACAUUCGCGCCUCCCUCACGUACCCCUUCGAGCACCUGGAAAGCCUGUGCGACAUGAGCUUCGACGUGCAGGGCGUCCGCGUUAAGGCGCACCGGUGUGUGAUUGGGGCGCGGAUGCAGCCGCUGCUGCCGGAGCAGAUGCUGCCCCUGCAGGUUGGCUGCAUCGUCGCGAUUGCGGUGCCGCUGGACGUCUUCACCACUUUCCUGCGAUACGUAUACACGGAGGAGUACCCGGAGUCGGGUGUGCUACUGCCGGAGUCGCUGUUAGACCUUUACCUGCUGGCGGCCGCCUGCGAGUUUUACGACCUCAGCGCCGUCUGCAUCCGCUAUGUGCGUCCGCAGCUCACCCCGGACAACAUACUUCCCAUCGUGCUGACCCGCUACAACGCUGCGGACGAGGUGCUCACCUCCCUCUACCUGCACGUGCUGCUGGACAACUACGACGUGCUGAUUCAAGAUCGUCAGUUUGAGGAGAUCCCCGGGCACCUGUUCCGCCGUCUCUCGCUCAUACUGUAUCGCAAGGAGACGGUGCCGAAUGCACCAAUACCGCCCAUGAAGAACACGCUGGGCAAGCAGUUGGCGUGGCUGGCGGAGUCAGGCGAGUACAGCGAUUACGACUGGCUAGUGGGUCCGCAGCAGUACACCGUGCACGCCCACCGCUACAUCCUCGCGUGCCGCUGCGUGCUCUUCUCCCAAGCCCUCAACCCGCGCAACCCGGCCCCGCUGCCGAACUUCUCCUCGACCGAGUUCGACUUUUCGCUGCGCAGCUGGCAGAAGCUGCUGCUCGGGAUGUACCGCCGACACUUCGACACGGUCCGCGACUUCUCGGCGGAGGACAUCGCGAUUAUUUUCAAGAUGCAGAACGUUCUUGUCAUGGACGGCCAGCUGAAGCGCGAGGCCGACGAGGCCUUCAACAACUCCAACGCGCUGCGCCUUUUGAUAUACGCCGUGAAGCACCAAAUCCCCGAGCUGCACGAGCGCGCCAUCAACUACGUAGCGAGCAACUUCAACGAGAUGAUACGCAACGAUCCGCAGGCGUGGGAGCUGAUCAGCGAACUGCCACAAACCGCCGUUCUUUCUCUCUUUCGCACCGUCACGGAACACCAGCUGUAA